CCCCACCUGGUGGCGAAACGGAACGCCCGUGAGAGGAAGCGGGUCCAGGCCGUGAACUCCGCGUUCUCGAAACUUCGGAAGCACGUGCCUUACGAGCCGCGCCACAAGAGGCUGUCUAAGGUCAAGACGCUUCGUUUCGCCAUCGAGUACAUACGGCGUCUGCAGGAGUUGAUC